AUGAACUCCAACUGGGCGAAGAUGGGUGACGUGAAAUGCCCAUGGACGCCAGCUCAAGAAUCUGACAAUUGCGACUUUGUACAAUGGUACUUGACGCUAUGGUGCAACGGGCAUGUUUGGAGUGCUUCUCAAGUACUGAUCCUUCUCCUACAAGCCCUACCGCUCUUUGGAAAGCAGGAUGUUGCGGUCCUAUUUGGCAAGCAUUGCUAUGGAGAAAUACCGAAUGAACCAUCACCCGGCGAGAUGAGAGAAAUAGAUCAGUUGAUCGCAUGUUCCGUAUCAUUUAGCAGGGCACAGGCACUGCUCGAUCUGUCAUUAAGGGUACAACGAUACAGUCCUGAUGGUGGGAGGUGGAGAGAGAUCUAUGAGCUAGCAGCCUGCUACCAUCAUGCCGCAAAUUUCACUCCCACGAUCUUGUGUUGUCGCAAACUCGAGGCACAUAUUCAGGAAACCCAAUUUGAGCUGGUGUUAGAAGCCCUCGCCAAUCAUCACCAACCCAAAAUAUCUCCAGGUCGUGCGUACGAUCAUUGCACAGUAGCUUGCGGCCAGCGAUGCGACCUCAUCUCAAUUUUUCUCUCUCUCAUGAAAACUCCCGGCAGUACCGAUUACUAUAGCAACGUCUCAGAGGCCCUUGCAUCACUGUACUCUUUUCAGCUAGAAGGUCAGGGAACCAUUACAGGAUUGAUUCAAACACUUGACCUAAGUUUUACUCUAAUGGGCAACCUCAUACCAGCCAAGGAGGAAAAAUGUCGGACGGCUCUGUUAUCCCCAGCAGCCGAUUCUCUCUUGCCACAUCGCCGGCUUUCGACUGUGAGGAUGAGCCAACACCGGAUCAGAAGUUUGAAGAACGACUCGAUUUCACGGCUUUGGGAUAAAAUAUCCAAUAUUGUGUCUCAAAAAAGUCCACGGCUCGAUUUUGAGCUGUCCCCAGAGCUGAGUCAUUAUUAUGAGGAGAGCUCUGGGGGGCUUGAUAUUCCGACAUAUUUGUGGGCACUGCACGACAUGCUCGAGAGCUCCAAUGGGAAAUCCCCGGGGCCUCUCCAUUUGUUGGAAGUCCCCGGAUUCAGCAACUCUUAUGUAGAAAUGAUCCGGAACUUUCUACCAGAGCCUAUCCUAACAGAUAAAGCCAGUCAGAUUGCUAGCUAUAUCCUAGAUGCAAACCAGAAAGAAGUCGGGACAAAGGGUUCUGUCGAGGAGACACAAAAAGCAGAGACCCGGCAGGAAAGUGACGCAAUGGUCGUUUCUUGUCCUACUGAAACUAUGCUGGAGCCGAAUAUCCAAGCGGCCUCGAAGGUUGAAUCUCGACAUCGGUGUACUCUGGAACAAAGCGGCAUCAGGCCAUCUGAGCAGCCACAAGAGCAGCCCAUUCCGGAAUUGCAAUUCCUCGUUCAAUCACCGUCAACAGGAAAGUAUACAAUCAACGAUCGACAGAAGCAGACAUCCACGGAGCCCUCUUCCACAAAAGAUAAACCGACUAUUUCUUACGGGGAUAUCUGCAGGGACUUGCGUGCAGAGCUCAUGAGGUGUUUUCAGCGGCCCGACGACUAUGACCAUCGGUUCAUCAUUCGAGGAACCGCUCAGGAGGUCUUGCAUGAGGAGAAAUUGGUUCGACUUUUUCAGUCUCUGCAUUUCCCCGACAUCGGCUCCGAAUUUUCGAAUCCCACCUUUGAGGAAUUCCUCGCGCGGAGGUUGAAUGAGAAACGUCUCCAUAACUUCCUGGCCGUCUUAAUUUUUUCCAUGUACGACAUCGAAGCUGUUCAGAAGUUUUCUACCAAGGUCCUUGCCACAGAGUCAUGGCCCGCGAUAGGGUGCUCGCUACCAACGAGUCAACAGACCCUCAAGCAGUUAUUCGGGGAGAAUAGCGCCUCGUAUCCGUUUCUCGCCAAUCAAGCAAUAUUUUGCCCCGCAGUGAUUGUGAAAGGAUCAAGAAUCCUAGUUCCGAGUCUUGAGGAACAAAGGCUUCCAUAUCUCCAGGAAGAGCCUCUCGGGCAAGGAUCCCUCGCGUCGGUUUUCAAGGUUAAGAUUGCGCGAGGCUACUUGUAUGAUCCGCUCAGUGGUUAUUCGAAUCAAGAACCUAUAGAUGUUGCAAGGAAGGACUACAUUACAAGUGUCAGGUUCAUCCUUCAGCACAUACCAGACGACAUCAGGAAUGCAAUUUUUCCACUUGGGAAGAAAUGUGAAACCAUCCUUGAAAGCCUUGGCGCCUUUUCCAUUGAGUCGUCAACUUAUAGUCUCUUUAUGCCUCUGGCAACCUGUGAUCUUGAACAAUACAUGAGGAACAAUCAUCUGACGCGGCGCGAUUCGACCGCUAGAAGAUCGGGAUUUAUCGAAAACAUCCAGGGUUUGGCGGACGGGCUUCACUUCUUACAUGCCGAAUUGAAGGCAAAAGAAUUGGAUCGCCUUGUCUGCUAUGAUUUGGACUUAAAACCCGAAAGCGUGCUCAUUUUCUGGGAAAAGACCGCCGACGGGGAGAGGCUUACUUGGAAGAUCAGCGAUUUCAGCAUGAGUUAUGUCAAGUAUCGCCGGCAGGGCGAAGAACAUGAUAGGGUGAUACAUCUCAAGAACAGGUUCGCUCGCUUUCGUCGGCCAAAUACGCACAACUCUCCAACCUCGAAAGCCACCAACUGCAGGGGUGAAGGCACAUGCCUUGCGCCAGAGUCAAUUGCAACCCCUCCCAUUAUGAGUACCAGUAGCGAUGUCUGGUCCCUGGGAUGUGUGAUCAGCAUCGUGUUUACCUAUCUGGAAGAAGGUCCCGCCGGCAUACGGAAGUACGGGAAGAAGAGAGGAGCACAUGAAGGAACUGAUGGGUAUGAUCGGUUUUUCAUUCAUGACGGAGACACGGCCCAACCUCAUCCAUUUAUCGAAGAAUGGCACAGCCGUCUCAUCAAAGGCGCAAUGUACCGCAGCAGGUGUGAGGGGAAAGCAGUGGAAUUGACGCUGAGAUUUUUGGAAAGUGCAGUGUUUCAAGAGCAGGCAAACCGGUGUGAUGCUCUUAGUGUGAGGCAAAAGCUGAUCGAAAUAUGGACAGCAUACAAGGAAGAGGAGGUCGAGAGGGUUGAAUAUUUUCAGUCCAGCCUUGAAAGAUUCAUGCGAGAUCCUCUGAAUCGCCUGAAUCGCCGAAUUAUCCCUCGCAGAGAAGCGCAAGAAGGGCAAAAGGAUGACAAGGAUUAG